UAUAUAUGUGUCUCACUGUCUGCAAACGCAUUUUUUCCUUGUAAAAUGCCAUAUUUAUAUCAGUUCCUGAAAACACAUCAAAUUUCGGCCAAAGUAUUACGUUUCACCCUUCAAAAUCGAGUUUCGUAGAGGAAAACAAUCAAAAAUUCCCUUUUCUCUCCCCUUCUCGACAAACAUGUCCUAAAGUCUUUCCCCUUUCAUCGCUCGCCGCUGCUUUUUGUCUCCCCCGGCCGUCCGUUCGCCUCACCGCCACACUCUUCAUACCAAAUCCCCCUUUUUUUUUUUAUUUUUUAAUAUACAUUUGGUUCCAGCUUAUCUAAACUAAUCUAAAUUCCGUACGUUUAUCUUUUUGAACCGGAGAAUGUGUCUGCAUUGGUAAGAUCGCCGGUUUUUUUUUCUUCUUUGUCCUCGUUUUCCGGCGAACCAAAAUGGAGAACGAGCCUCUCCUCCAAUACUCCUCCCUGAGGAGAGUGCACGCGCCGCCGCCGCAGCCGCUCUCGCUCUGCCCAUUACCGGAGCACGCGGAAGUGACCAUCCCGGCCACCCCUCCUCCUAACGGACCCCCAAUGACCCCUUCAGAAUUCAAGGAAAAACUAAUCUUCGGGUCUCCUCGUUUCGCCUCAACCACCACCCCACGGGCCCCACCCAAUCUCGACGCUUUAAACCUCAACAACGCCUCCUCUCCUCGUUCUUCUUCUUCUUCUUCUUCUUCUUCAUCUUCCGACCAAAGAUCCAACCACGACCACUCUCCUUGGCCGGCCAAUCCCAAAGACAAAUCCCGGGCAAAAGCCCAUCUUCAUCGCUGCAGAACCGCGCCGGCCAUGGCAACAAUCAACGAUGUUCAUCACAAGGCUCCACCUCCCCCGCAACCCCAAUUUGGUCACCAGUCCAUUGUGAGGCAUUCUGUGGUGCUUUUGAUCAUUUACUUGGCUCUUGGUGUGGCUAUUUAUUCUUUCUUUAGGGAAAAUUUCACUGCCUCUGAGACCCACCCUGUGGUGGAUGCUAUAUACUUUUGUAUUGUCACAAUGUGCACUAUUGGCUAUGGGGACAUAACCCCUGAUAGCCCUGCUACAAAGCUAUUCUCCAUUCUUUUUGUGCUUGUAGGGUUUGGGUUCAUUGAUAUUUUGUUAUCUGGGAUGGUGGGUUAUGUGCUUGACCUUCAAGAAAAUUAUCUUUUAAAGACUCUUAAGUGUAAAGGGGCCCAUGAUCCUGGCUCCUAUAUAAUAGAUGUGAAGAAGGGGAGAAUGAGGAUUAGGACUAAGGUGGGUUUGGCUCUGGGGGUUGUGGUUUUGUGUAUUGGGGUAGGUGUUGGUGUUAUGCAUUUUGUUGAGAGGUUGGGGUGGUUGGAUUCACUUUACUUGUCAGUUAUGUCUGUUACUACUGUUGGGUACGGGGACCGGGCGUUCAAAUCGAUGCCUGGUCGGGUUUUCGCGUCGGUUUGGUUGCUGGUGUCGACGCUCGCUGUUGCCCGCGCCUUUCUUUACUUGGCUGAGGCGAGAGUCGAUAAACGCCAUAGGAGAAUGGCGAAAUGGGUGCUUGAUCAGGAUAUGACUGUUGCGCAGUUUCUCGCUGCAGACAUUGAUAACAAUGGCUUUGUGAGUAAACCCGAAUAUGUAAUCUACAAGUUGAAGGAGAUGGAGAAGGUGUCCGAGAAAGACAUCCUGCUGAUCUGCAGACAGUUUGAUAAACUGGACCCAGGCAAUAGCGGGAAGAUUACUCUUGCCGAUCUGAUGGAAAGUAGUCAAUGAUCACAACAUCCGUGCCCAUACUGCAACAACGACGAUGAAACAGACAGAGCUGCUGGUGGCAGGGUCUCGGAUUUGGCAUUACCAUCGCGACAACAAAUUAAAGAGCCAUUUGAUCGUCCAAUUCUUCUACGAGAGCUCUCGUGUGUGAUCGAUCUGUUGUUCGUUUAGUUCUGAUGCAUGCUGCUCUUCAGAUGGCUGGCUGGCUGGCUGAGAUUAUCCCUGCAGUUCAGAAUAGGAUGGUACUACAGAUCCUGUGCUGUUAUUUGUUUUGAUUCAGAGUGGAUAUAGUUUUGCACUCAAAGUUUUGUUAGCUGUUAGUAUCAUCUGCCUAGUUAGGUUUUUGUAAAGGAAUUAUGUAUUCAAUGAGAUACAGAAUUGGAAAGGUUAUACAAAUAGCUCUGUUAUACAAUAUAACGAAACUAGUCACGUUUUAAAUUUA